AUCUCAGCAGUGGGAGGAGAAGAAGAAGACGAAGACGAAGAAGAAACGGGCGCUCGCUCGGUCUGAGGGGGGGUGACGGACGGGUCGAGCGUUUUGUUCCGCUGGUGAAUCCUGCUUGAACGGAAAGCAGGAGACACAACAACCCGACACACAGAAGCCAGACCAGCCACUGACGAAAGUGCACGGAGGAGCGGGUCUAUAUAAAUAGGAACUACGGAGCUUUUGUUUCUCUCUCAACUCCUGCGGGUUUGGGGGCUCCAGCGGCGGCGGCGGAGAAGAUCCCGCUCGCCUAGGGAAGGAGGCUGGAAGUCGGGGACGCUUCCAGCCUGCAGGGCCAGGCGCCGUGGCGAUUGAGUAUCUGGACUUUGGUGAACCCUUAGGGGCUCAGUGGAUGGGAUGGAGGCGGGACCAUCUGGCGCUGUGCCCGUCGGGCCGUACCCUCCGCCCCUGCAGCAGGUGUUUCAGGCGCCCCGCAGGCCCGGCAUGGGCACCGUCGGCAAACCCAUCAAACUGCUGGCGAACUACUUCGAGGUGGAGAUCCCCAAAAUGGACGUGUUUCACUAUGAGGUGGACAUCAAGCCUGAUAAGUGCCCUCGACGGGUCAACAGGGAGGUUGUUGAAUAUAUGGUCCAGCAUUUCAAGCCGCAGCUCUUCGGUGACCGAAAGCCAGUGUAUGAUGGGAAGAAGAAUAUCUACACUGUUUUAGCGUUACCUAUAGGCAGUGAAAAGGUUGAUUUUGAGGUGACCAUUCCUGGCGAGGGGAAGGAUCGAAUCUUUAAGGUGUCGAUCCGCUGGUUGGCGAAGGUGUCCUGGAGGCUCCUGCAGGAGACGCUGGUCAGUGGGCGACUGCAGGUCCCGCUGGAGUCCGUUCAGGCUCUCGACGUGGCCAUGAGACACUUGGCCUCCAUGAGGUACACUCCAGUGGGCCGCUCCUUCUUCUCGCCUCCUGAAGGUUACUACCAUCCUCUAGGUGGCGGCAGAGAGGUGUGGUUCGGCUUCCAUCAGUCCGUUCGACCCGCCAUGUGGAAGAUGAUGCUCAACAUUGAUGUAUCUGCAACAGCCUUUUAUAAAGCUCAGCCUGUCAUUGAGUUCAUGUGUGAAGUCCUGGACAUCCGUAACAUUGAUGAGCAGCCCAAGACACUAACUGACUCGCAGAGGGUCCGGUUCACCAAGGAGAUCAAAGGAAUUCUGCAGAAGCACAGCCCAGGCGUAUCUUUUGUCGGCCUGAAGGUGGAGGUUACGCACUGUGGUCAAAUGAAAAGGAAGUACCGGGUCUGUAACGUCACACGGCGUCCUGCUAGUCACCAAACGUUUCCUCUACAGCUGGAGAGCGGACAGACGGUAGAAUGCACAGUAGCUCAAUAUUUCAAGCAGAAGUACAACCUGCAGCUCAAGUACCCUCACCUGCCCUGUCUACAGGUGGGACAGGAGCAGAAACACACAUACCUGCCUCUGGAGGUUUGCAAUAUUGUAGCAGGGCAGCGGUGCAUCAAGAAACUGACAGAUAAUCAGACGUCCACCAUGAUCAAAGCCACGGCGCGCUCCGCACCAGACCGACAGGAGGAGAUCAGCAGACUGAUGAAGAACGCUAACUUUAAUCUGGAUCCUUACAUUCAAGAGUUUGGGAUUAAGGUGAAGGACGACAUGACGGAGGUGACCGGCAGAGUCCUUCCAGCCCCAAUCCUGCAGUAUGGCGGUCGGAAUCGUGCCAUCGCGACUCCAAACCAGGGUGUGUGGGACAUGAGGGGAAAACAGUUCUAUAAUGGCAUCGAGAUCAAGGUUUGGGCCAUUGCUUGCUUCGCUCCGCAGAAACAGUGUCGGGAAGAGGUGCUCAAGAACUUCACCGACCAGCUGCGCAAGAUCUCAAAGGAUGCUGGGAUGCCGAUUCAGGGUCAGCCGUGUUUCUGUAAGUACGCUCAGGGGGCCGACAGCGUGGAGCCCAUGUUCAGACACCUGAAGAACACUUACUCUGGACUGCAGCUCAUCAUUGUCAUCCUGCCUGGGAAAACCCCCGUCUACGCGGAAGUGAAGCGUGUUGGAGACACUCUUCUAGGAAUGGCCACUCAGUGUGUGCAGGUGAAGAACGUGGUAAAAACCUCCCCGCAGACGCUCUCCAACCUCUGCCUCAAAAUCAACGUCAAACUCGGCGGCAUCAACAACAUCCUCGUGCCGCAUCAACGGUCAGCAGUGUUUCAGCAGCCCGUGAUCUUCCUCGGGGCAGAUGUUACACACCCGCCGGCUGGUGAUGGGAAGAAGCCAUCUAUUACUGCUGUUGUUGGCAGUAUGGACGCUCAUCCCAGCAGAUACUGCGCUACAGUUCGAGUCCAGCGGCCCAGACAGGAGAUUAUUGAAGAUCUGUCCUACAUGGUGAGAGAAUUACUGAUCCAGUUCUACAAGUCCACCCGCUUCAAGCCCACGAGAAUCAUCUUCUACAGGGACGGCGUACCAGAAGGACAGCUGCCACAAAUCCUGCACUAUGAGCUGUUGGCCAUCAGAGAUGCCUGCAUUAAGCUGGAGAAAGACUAUCAGCCCGGCAUCACUUACAUAGUCGUGCAGAAACGCCACCAUACACGACUCUUCUGCGCCGAUAAAUCUGAACGAAUCGGCAAGAGCGGGAACAUACCAGCGGGAACUACGGUCGACACCAGCAUCACACAUCCAUUCGAGUUUGACUUCUACCUGUGCAGUCAUGCAGGCAUUCAGGGCACCAGCCGACCCUCACACUACUACGUCCUGUGGGACGACAAUCGCUUUACGGCUGACGAGCUGCAGAUUCUCACCUACCAGCUGUGCCACACGUAUGUGCGCUGCACCCGCUCCGUCUCCAUCCCCGCGCCAGCAUACUACGCCAGACUCGUGGCUUUCCGGGCCCGAUACCAUCUGGUGGACAAAGAACAUGACAGCGGGGAGGGAAGUCACGUCUCCGGGCAGAGCAAUGGUCGAGAUCCUCAAGCGUUGGCCAAAGCGGUGCAGAUUCACCACGACUCCCUGAGGACCAUGUAUUUUGCCUGAAUAACAAAAAGCGCACGUCUCCGGACACCUCGAGCCAGAACCCCUGGGUGCUAAACCAGUCCAAUGAAGCCCACACAACUGAACACUUUCUUGAGUCUGGCAGAACUAUGCUCUUUCGGUUUUUAUUUAAUUGUGUAUUAUUGUAUACUACCUUCGCACUCCCACAUGUACGUAUGUAUGCAAUACGGAGGGAAGGAACGCAGGCCAACCUGUCGUUUUUGUAUGCCACCACAAAGCUGCCUCUGAAGCGUCCGUUCGUCUAGCCGUCCGGGUGCCGCCGUCCAGUGGAGCAAUCCUCGUUUCUUCCAUUUGGCAUUAUUUUUAUUGUUAUUGUGAAAUUCUUUUACAUUUGUAUUAUUAUUUUUUGUAAGAAAGAGAGAGAGAGACAUGGUACAUUAGCACUUAGUUUUAGUUGAAAUGGCAGCGUUUGCUUGUCGUCUGUGAAGCAGAACGCGAUCAAAACUGUAGCAGUGAUGCAGGAUUUUCCUCCAGCGGUUGUGUUUAGUUAGUUAAAGCGUGGCCUAAUUAGUGUAACGAUAGAUGGACCACUGAGUUGCAGGAUGCACUCCUGCAUCAGCAUAACACCGAAACCAGCAUUAUGCACCAGCCAAAAUGUGACGCCAACCGCUCUCAUCUGGAAGACGUGGGUUUUUCUGCACUUGAUUCCUCUGCGCUCUUUUAGUAGAGGAGGAUAUUGUUCACUCCUGAUGCACGCAAAUCUUCCUGAGCCUAAAAGAACACAACUUUUUUGGAACUAGGCUCAUUUUACAUCCCUCCAAGUGUUAAACGGCUGAGUUUACCCAUUUUUAAAUCCCUUUAGCUGAUUCACUUUUAGCUUAGCUUAGCAUAAAUCAUUGAGUCGGAUUAGACCAUUAGCAUCACAGUCAAAAUUGGCCAAAUAGUUUGGAUAAUUGCUUUAUUUAAAGCUCUGCGAGUGUUAAACUGGUGAGUUUUACAAUUAUUAAUCUCUUUAGCUUAUUCACUUUUCGCUUAGCUUAGCAUAGAUCAUUAAAUUGGAAUAGACCAUUAGCAUCUCACUCAAAAAUGGCCAAAUAGUUUGGAUAUUUGCUUUGUUUAAAGCUCUCCAAGUGUUAAAAGGAUGAGUUUUAUCAUUUUUGAAUCUCUAGCUAAUUCACUUUGAGCUUAGCUUAGCAUAGAUCAUUGAAUCGGAUUAGACCAUUAGCAUCUCACUCAAAAAUGGCCAAAAAGUUUGGAUAAUUGCUUUAUUUAAAGCUCUCCAAGUGUUACACUGCGAGUUUCACCAUUUUCGAAUCCUUUUAUCUGAUUCACUUUAGCUUAGCUUAGCAUAGAUCAUUGUAUUGAAUUAGACCGUUAGCAUCUCAGUCAAAAAUGGCCAAAUAGUUUGGAUAAUUGUUUUAUUUUAAGCUCUCAGAGUGUUAAACGGGUGAGUUUUACUAUUAUUAAUCUCUUUAGCUUAUUCACGUUCAGCUUAGCUUAGCAUAGAUCAUUGAAUCGGAUUAGACCAUUAGCAUCUCACUGAAAAAUGGCCAAAUAGUUUGGAUAAUUGCUUUAUUUAAAGCUCUCCAAAUGUUACACGAUGAGUUUCACCAUUUUUAAAUCCCUUUAUCUGAUUCACUUUAGCUUAGCUUAGCAUAGAUCAUUGAAUUGAAUUAGAUCAUUAGCAUCUCACUCAAAAAUGGCCAAAUAGUUUGGAUAUUUGUCUUAUUUAAAGCUUCACUCUUUUGAAGUUACAUCAUGUACUGAGCAACUGACGUAAAAUCAAAGGUUAUUUUCUGUGUAUUAGCAUUGCGCUGCAAUAACUAUGGUAUGGCAGCAAAGUUCCUUGAUUAUUACACCAGAAUGAGAGUAAACUGUAGUUCCUAACCAUUUCAGCACAGAAAACGAGCAACUUUUUUUUUUCUGUUGGUCAUAGUACAUGAUGUAACUACAGAAAAGUCUUUAAAACUUUAAAUUUGGUCAUUUUUUGAGAUGCUAAUAGUCUAAUCCGAUUCAAUGAACUAUGCUAAGCUAAAAGUGCUCCUGCCAGAAUCUGAGAUCGGCUGAAUGGAAUAAAAAACAGUAAACACUCAAAUGAAACUCAAUUAAAACUCAAUACUUUAACUCUCAGGGAGUUGUAAAAUGAGCCUAUUUUAUUUUUUAAAAAGUGGAGUGUUCCUUUAAAACAAUAGUUCACCCAACAUUGGCAAUAUUGUCAUUAUUUACUCACAUUUAUGUGUGUGUUUUUUUAAUGCAACACAAAAUAUUUAAAGCACCUUUUUUUUUUUAUAAAAAUACACCAGCAUAACCUAUUAAACAUUUUCUGAAGUCAUAUUUUAGCUUUCUAAACGCUUGUUAUGCACUGUUUUAAUACUUGCAUUCUUGCAUUUCACGUGGUUGCAAAUGAGAAAACUUCAGUGAAAGAGAUGAUAAUUCAUUUAGUAAUGACUUAAUGUUUUGGUCAGUUCCUCAUCUAACUCUGACAAUUCAGAAGACUUGGAAUCACUCAUACAUGCGCACACACAGUAAAAAGCUCCUAGUUGACUUCACACAAAAAA